AUGGCCGCAGUCAUCGCCCACGUCGUCCGUCCUUCUAUCCGCCAUUUCUCCGCACACCGUCCUCGCCCUGACAGCCGCGCUUCCCGCGCAGUUGCUCUAUCCUGCCUGGUCUCCGGUGUUGUCCUUCCUUUUGUCCCACCUGCUCUCGAAAGCUCACGCCAAAGAAAGUCCGGCUCUCCCAAUAGCAACAAGCCCAACCCCCUCUCUCUGCUUCCACGCACGCUAGACCAGAUCCCCGCAAUGUGCGUAGAUGUGAUUUUGGUCUAA